AUGGAGCGCAGCCCGUUCCGCAAGGUGCUCAGGCGCAGCUGCAGGUACGAGUUGUGCCUGCAGUGCCUGCGCACCAUCCAGAGGAGCGUCGGCAAGCAGGCAAGGCCGUACAACGCCUCGCGGGCCCAGAUGACCGAGCUCGUGAGGGAAGUGUUCGGCGAAGGCACGUUCACGGCCUGCGCGCAGCAGCUCGAGCACGACAAGAGCGGCGGCGACGGCGACGGUGGGGAAGUGCGCUUCCACUUACAGGUGAAGCUUCUGGACGCCGAGGGUCUCUUUGACGUCAGCUAUAGGAAGUACGCUCACUGCCGCCUAUGGGUCAACGAAAGCGACGGCAAUACCUCGGAAGUGUCCAAGCGGAAGUGGCUUCCCGAGUCCACCAUCGAGCUGUCCGCCGAAGUGCGCGAACCUUCGAAGAGCAGCCUUGUCCUGGAAGUGCUCGCCAAGGAGCCGCAGAACGCCUGGGACGCCGUCAGAAUGCUCGCCCGUCCCACUUCUCUGAGCACACUGAUCGAGUCUCUGAGGCAGCUCUUCAGCCACUACUUCAAGGCUCAGUCGGCGCUGAAGCUCGUAGGACGGCUGGAGAAGCCGCUGCAGGAGAUACCAUGCGUCGGUGUCGAGGAGUGGUACGCGCUUAAGGACUCCUCAGGACGAAACGUAGACACCAAAGUCCAGCUUUCGGUCACGUACCACACCGUGACGACCGCCGACAUCAGCGUGCUGGAGAGGAUACGCGAGCACUAUGCGUUGAGCUUCGUCUUCCUGGAGCACAACGUCGAGAACACCGCCGAGGACAGCGUGGCGCGGUGGACGAAGUGGGCGGAUUGCGUAGGGCGACGCGGCCUCACACUGCUCCGGCAGCACGCUAUGCAGAACAACAUGCAAGACGUGGAGGCCCACUGCUGCCACCUGCAGGCAGUCACAGAGCACAGAAUGAAAGUGAAUACGCAGAUCAGUUUCGUGGUGAUGUAUCUGCUCCUGAAAGAACUUCAGCUCGAGUUGGGCAGCACGAGGCAUCGUUUCGUCAGUGACGCCCUUGAUCAACUUAUUCAGGGUCUUUCAGAACACAUAAACGCUCAGUUGGCGAACCUCCACAACCAGUAUUACCUGGAGUUUGAGCUGCACGUCACGGACCUCUCCGGUGCACUGUCGGUGUGCGCGCUCAUGGAAAAAAUGAGCUCUAUGCCCAUCGUAGAGUCGGCUCGAGUAGCUCUUCAGAAGAACGAGAGAGAAUGGUACCAGCAGCUCGCAGAAAAGUGGGACGAAAACACCACGCUGUCCAUCGUCGCGGCCACGCUCGAAGAAAUUCGGAGCCACCAACAGAAGGCGAACCGUCUGUUCCAGCAAUCCUGGAACGAGACGUACACUAACAUCGUCAUGCACCAACUCGACGAUUUCCUAGUCACUUACCUGCGGCCAUGGGUAACUCGGCAGGUCGAUGGCGUCAUCGCAUCUUUGCACGGCGAGGAGGAAGAAAAGACGCUGGCUUCUAUAGAAGCCUUCCUGGUGAUCAAGACGUUCUUAGAAGAAAUCUUCGCCAUGCUGAACGUCGACCCCGACGUUCUAAAGGUGGAGCGAUACCGCGAGUGGUUCGGAGCGAGAGUCGUCGAGCGCUGGUUUAACCUGGCGUCGCGAGCCAGCGAGGUCGUAGUCGAAUUCGCGGCCGCCGAUGACCUAGCGCCGCUGAACGCCAACGUCAAAUACAGUUCCUCUUUCGUGAAGACGGCGGACGCCAUCAACGCCAGCGUCGUCAGCAUCUGGGUUCUGCUCGAGUGGUCCGAGCACGCGUGCAGCUUCGCGUUCGUCGAGUGUGUGCAGCAGUGGGUGACCGUCUACGCGGCCGCCAUCGAGCGGAAGAUUGAGGACGAGCGUGGUAGCCAGAACGCUGCCAGCGGCAGUGGCUGUGCGGUGCCCGCCAGGCUCUGCGUCGCCGUCAACGACUUGAUGGGCAUCCUCGCUUACGUUCAGCAGAUACGCUCCAAAAUUAUCGACACGUACGUCGGCUCCGGCGAGGGGUUGUCCAGAUUCGCGGACGUUGACAUCAAAGUCCACAGCACCCUGGCUGUCGUCGGUGCCUCCAAGGACAGACUCCUGGAAAUCAUUGUGCACCGGCUACUGCCCGGGGUUGAACCCCGGCUCGAAAAGGUCCUCCGGGCGCAGACCACCAUGGCGCAAGAAGCAGACGUGGACGGCCUCCUGCGGAGCGUCAUGGCUUGCGUCACCUCGCUUAGGGUGAACCUGGAGGCCGAGGCGUUCGAAGCCGUGCUCGGUUCUCUGUGGGCCAAGAUGACCACCCUUCUCAAGCAAGCCAUCUCCCGGCUCCGCACGCGCUGCGGCGUCGACGCGCGGGCGUACUCGACAUCGUACCUGGGUCUCUCUGUGCUCAUCCAGCAUCUGCCAAAGUGCUUCAUCAUCAAAGACAGCGGCGGCCUAUCGCCGGCGGCAAUGGCGGCUGAUGUUUCGGCCCGGUUGAGAGAGCUCAAGGAGGUGUUCCGAGACCAGCAUGGCGCCGGAGAUGUCUGA